ACGUUGAAAAACAUAACCCUACUUACGCAAUGUUUGUAAACACAAUUGUUAUUAUUUAAAAGAAAACAUAUAUGAUAUUAUCUCGUAAUUAUGUCUGGUAAAUUAGAAAUUCAAUGGUCUCCAAUACACAACAAGUUCAUUACCUGGGGUGCAGAAAUUUGUCUGUAUCAAAUACAAGCUCUAAAAAAUGACACACUGCCUUCUACAGUAUUCAAAGUUUCUGAUACAACAUGUGCUCAAGUUUUAACAACUAACACCAAUCAUCAUUAUGUUAGAAGUAUUGAUAUCUACCCAAAAUGUGAAAAUGACUUACUCUUAGCCAUUGGUCUUGGUAAUGGUAGAGUUGCCUUAACAUCUUUUGGUCCAUCUGAACAUGAUGCUUAUGGAUUUCCAGGAAAAGAAUUAGUACCCAGACAUAGUCGUCAUUGUAACACAGUGCUAUUUAACCCUAUUGAGCAUAACUUAAUUGCGGCUGGUCUUGAUAAAUACAGGUCUGACAGUUCAAUUCUUAUUUGGGAUAUUCACAAAUUCAAUUCUAAUAAUGAUUCAUCAAAUAGUGGUAGAAUGGCUGUUAAUACAAUGGCACCAGCUGUUGAAUUGGUUAAACCAGUUGCAGAGUUCGGAACUUCAGAAGUUACAUACAGCUUAGCUUGGUUCCACGGAACAAGCAAAAUAUUAGCAUCUGGUAUGAAUGGAAAGAACAUAAAAAUUUUUGAUAUGCGAGAUCCAAAUAAGAUGGUAAAUUCAACUGUAACCAAAGGUGUUUUUGGUGUUUGUACAAAUCCUAAUGAUGAUAUGCAUCUAGCGUCUUAUUAUGAAAAUCAAAUCUGCCUUUGGGAUGUUAGAAAUUUUGAAAAAACUGUUGUUUCUAUUCCCCAAAGUAAAUCCAUAAUAAAAAUAGGAUGGUGUCCAACUAAAUACAGUUCCUUGGCAAGUUUACAACGUGAUAGCUCAGUAAUUAAUCUUUAUGAUAUCAAACAUAGUGUUGUUAGUAAUGAAGAACUUGAACCGAACGUGAUGGAGAGGAUUGUAAGUCCUGGUUCACCUCAUAACAUAACAUCUUUUUCAUGGCAUGCGACAGAUGAAAACCGUCUUUUGACUAUUGCCCUCUCCGGUACUAUUAAGGAUUAUACUGUUUUUGAUAGGAUAACCGUGAAUUGGUCGACAAAUAACAUCGUAUGGUCGCACGGUAGAAAGAUACUUCGAAAUAUCAAUGAUACAUUUGUAGAGGAUAUAUCACAUAAUAUCAAAGAGAGAGCGAAGGCUCGUUAUGGUAUUCAGGAAGAUUUUUCAAAAAACGCCGAAUUAGUAAAGGACGAUCUAUCGUUAGCUAACGUUUGGAACUGGCUUCAUUUGACGAAGCAACUAGUAGAAAGUGGUAUUAUAAAAGAUCCAGAAGAUAAGCAUCCGGGAGUUUUAUCGGUAAUAUCAAAUAUAGACCCUGUCCAAAAUAAAUCUGAUGUGGUUACUAUCUUUUGGCGCGACGUGGGUUAUCCUAAUUGUCAAGGCUCUGUAAUUAUGUACAGGCACGAAGAUAGAGACAAAGCUUUACGCUUAUGUAGUUGGCCGUUAGAAAAAGAUUCUCAAUACCUAAUGGAUUUUAUUGAACAUCUUGAAAAUUCGCAAGCCUACACCAGAGCCGCUGCCAUAGCAGUGUUUAAUCUCAAGAUACAAUUGGCAAUAGAGGUACUAAGAGGAGCUCCGAGUAAUGCCAAUUAUGGAUCGAACUUAAACGUUGUCGCUAUGGCACUCUCUGGUUUUUCCGAUGAACCCAAUAGCCUUUGGAGACAGAAUUGUCUCAACUGUCUGUCAAGAUUGAGUGAUCCUUACUUAAAAGCAAUGUUCAGCUUUCUAACAGCUCCAGAUUAUAAUUAUGAUGAAGUGCUGAACGAAAAAGGUAUAGCGGUAGAUGAUAGAGUAGCAUUAUCUUGUUUGUAUUUGCCAGAUGAAAAAUUAUUGGAAUAUAUGAGAAAAUUGUCAGAAGAACUUUGUAAUGAAGGUAAUUUGGACGGUCUUCUAGUCACGGGUAACAGUUCUACUGGAUUGAAACUCUUACAGAAAUAUCUGGAUAAUGUCGGUGAUAUUCAAUCAACGACUUUAAUCGCAACAAGGGCGUUCCAUGAUGAUUUAGGGUCUGAAGUUGUGACAAAUUGGAUUGAUAAUUACAGAAAUGUUUUGAAUAGUUGGAAAAUGUUUCACGAGCGCGCCGAUUUUGACAUAAUGUUAGCUUCCUACAAAUCCGAAAAACCACCUCAACAAGUUUACGUAUCUUGCAAUUUCUGUGGAAAAAGCAUAUCCGCUUACUUAUCUAGUCACGAUAGGAAUAGGCCUCAACUUCAUAAAAGUUCUGCGAUCAAAUCCAAGUUAUCUUCGUGUCCAAAUUGUCGAAAACCUUUACCAAGAUGUGCCAUUUGUCUACAAUAUAUGGGAACGACAACAGGGGAUUGUUCAGGAACAAAAAAUACGCCGUUCGAAUUAUGGUUUACGUGGUGUCAAACAUGUAGGCAUGGUGGCCAUGCAGGCCAUUUGUGCGAAUGGUUUGAUGAACAUCAAGAGUGUCCUGUGAGUGGAUGCAGUUGUAGGUGUUUCGCUAUAGAUGCAAUGAUAGCUCAAUCAUGAAAGUUGCAUAUACUCUAUAACCUAUAUUUUUAUACGUAUUAAAUAUGAUUUAGUACAUUGUGCAUCAAAAGGGUUUCGAAGUUGAAUUAUGACAAAAGUAUGUGUUAUUUACAUGUGCUUUAUGAUCGAAUUUUUUUUGGAACUGGCAACUUUUUUCUCACUUAAUGUUAAGUGCAAAGUAGUGUUUUACCCUAGUUGAAUAACUUUGAUAUAUCUUUAUGUUAAAAUUUCUGAAUCUAUCGGUGAUUUCAUACUAAACUAGACUGGGCCGAAAAAUUAUAUAUUGGAACCAAAAGUUGCUUACUGAUUUGAAACGUAGAUCCCCAAGUUGAGGUAAAACUAAUUUAUCGGUCCCCAAGGGGAAAAGAAACCCACACCUAAUUAUGUAACAAGAAUCAUAAAAAAUAUUGAGGUUCAACCGGGCCUAAGCUCAAAAAAAACCUUCAAUAUGCACAACACUGUCAAUAAGCCAAUGCACUUGUCUGCAUUGUUCUACUGCAGAUCAGUAGUAAAAGUUUAGUCACAUAUGAACAUAGCUCUAAUACAAGAAUUCAAUGGGAAUUAUUUUGGACACUUAUAGCUUAGUCUACCAGUUAAAGCAAUUGAUGUGUAAUUUCUUACAUUAUCAAAAAAGGCAUUACUUGUACAAAUCUGAAAGGUAUAGGAUGUGAGAGCACAAAUCUUUAUACAGUGUUGAAAGGAGGUGUUAUUCGACUAAUUGAAGAGUGGUUAGGAAGACCUUUGCAGCAUGCUAAAAAUUAAGGGUCACAAGAAAGACCCAUAUAACUAUUCAGAACCUAUUGAGAGUCUUGUGAACGACUGCGAAAAAGUUGCUGUUGUGCAAUUUGCGAAGCCAUUAAAAAUAGAAAUCUUCCCAAAAAUUUAUGCGAAAAGAAUCCUGGUAAGCCUUUCUCAAGUCUUUUCAGAAUCUCCUGUUUUUCAAGCAACGUUAAUGUUUUGUAUUUUCAUUUACACUGGGGUGACAUUUUUCUCACUAAUACUCUACUAAACAGCUACGUUGAGAAUAACACUAAACCAACAGAUGUUCGCGACACACGAAAUAAGAGAAUACUGGACCGAUCGUCAGUUGCUUCUUUACACUAGUGUUUAGUAUCAUGUCUCAACAUGAUUCUCCCAUCACACCCGUUUGAGACCUCCGGAUUACUGGAGUGCCGGAUCAAAGAGGUUCUACUGUACAUUGAAGGAACCGAGAGGAUUUAUUGGUAGAAGAGAAUUGACUGGCAGAAUACAAAUGUCACCGAAAUUCCAAUUAUCAAAGCCUUAACAAUUGCGGAAUUGACAGAACAAUCCAAUCAUUAGAAGUUAAUUUCUGGCGAUUCUCCUUGUCACAUUCCAGCAGUUGAAAGAUGUGUGAAAGUUACAGAAACAUCCUUGAAAGUAUGCGGAAGUUAAUCAAUGGAUGGAUAUAUCCGGGCAAAAAUUGAUGUAAGGAGAGAUUUUUUGAAACAAAGCUAAAUAUUGUGCUGCAGAAAAAUAUUAAUUUUUUCGAAGUGGGCGGAAAGGGAGGGAAGAUGUCCUCUCUAUGAGGUCUGGGCUGGUUUAAUAUUUAUUAGUGAUAUUAAUGUAUCGUGUUAUAGAAAACUCAUACUACUGAAUAUUUGCAAAUCUUUUUAUCAUAAACACCAAACCAGGUGAAAAGAUGUACAAAAAGCUUGGGGCUCGGUAAAAAUAUUGAAUAUGUUAAAUACUGGGAGCCCUUGGGACCGUUUUACACACUAGUUAUCAUGGAGUUGUGUUUGUAUUUUUUCGGCCUGCCCUAAUGUUUAUCUUCACUACACUAACAACAAUCACAUUUACACUGUCUAACUCGCGUUUCAAUAACUAAGUUAUCACCUUCAGAGACCAAAGAUUGUUAAUUUUUCUCUUUUCAUUUAAUUCUCCGCUUAUUAGCUUUUUCAUAAUAAUUUGUAAAUGAAGUGUACUACUUGUAAUAUAUUUCAAAUUUAGUUUUCUCUAAUUACAUGAUAGCAUUGAAAUCUAUCUUGCUUACUAAUUUUUGAUAAUUAUGGAGGGUAGAGGUAAGGAGCGUUCCUUAAAUGAACUUGAAUUAAGAUGGCGUUGCUGUACCAGAGGAUCAUUUUCUUUUUAGCUCAACGUCAAAAGUACAAUUUAUUUGACUGUGUUAGCAAUUCGACUUCUAAUACAACACAUUUACCAACUACUAGUAUAUGACAAUUAUAAAAGUAACUAAAUUCAUUUAUUUCAUGCAAUUUUGGGGACACUUUUUGAUUCAAAUAACUAUAUCAGUGUAUGCACUUACCUCUACCGUCCAUAAUAAAAAGAUUUACACCAACUUCACUUAUUGACAGUUUAGCAAUAUUGCCACAUUCAGUAAAAGUAAAAUCAUUUUAUAAAAAGAGUUUACCUCCAUCCUCUGAAGAUGAUAAUUUGGUUAUCAUAAUGCGCAUCAGAGUAUGUAAAGUAUGAUAUUUCUUUGUUCCAUAUUUGUUUUUUCGUAUAUUUUUGUAAUGUAUCGGUUUCACAUAUCUACGAGGUGUGAUAAAAAAAUAUGGUGAAUUAUUAUAUUAAAAUUAGAGUCAAAAAAGUUAACAUAAAAUUGGAGUUAAUCCAUGACUCUUAGAGAGUAGUUCAAUCCCCUUAAUUAGAACCAUGUUUAGAAGGCUUUUUUUGGAAAUCUGGUGAUUAAAACCAAUUAGGACAGACAAGAAAACUUUUAGCGACCAAAAAAUUGAAAAAAAAACGGUACUUGUGGUACAGUACGUUAUUAUGAUGAAGAAGAAUGCCAAUUGACAGUAUAUAAAGCUCUUUCUUUGCAAAUCCUUGUUAAACUCUUUAGUAAUCUCUCUAAUAAUCAAUGGACUUUUUGAAAGAACUUGUUUGUUUACUUUCGAAACAUUUCCAUUUGUUUUUCAGGUUUCAGGAAUAAAACAAUUAUUUAUUCCAUCAUACAGUUACGUGGUCUGCCACUCCUAUUCUCCCCAGUGACAAAACAUCGAUUGAUACUAACGUCAAGCAGUGAGAAUUCUAGAUUAACUUUCUUGGAGAGAAUUUAAAUCUUCAAAAAUCAAAUUCAACUCAUUCAUUUCUGUAGGCAACCCUCCCUCUAAUUCUGACGGGUAUUUGUGUAACUGAGUUGAUUGAGGUGAAUUUUCUGGAACCGUUGGUGAUCUUCAUACUGAACACACUGUUCCCACCACAACUACACCAAAACUUACAAUUACACUGUCUGACGCGCGUUUCGAUAACCAAGUUAUCAUGUUCAGAGACUGAAGGUAAACAGAUAACAGUUUAUAGGAAAAUUGUGCUGUUAUUUUACUAGGGCUUGCAUCAAUAGCACUUGUUUGUAAGCAUAAUUCAUACACAUCAAUACAUGGCUUUCAUUUUCCCAAUUAAAAUGAGAUGUUCUGCAUUUAACACAUUUUCACCCUCUACUACGAAAUUGAAAUUAGCAUACCCUUCAAAUAUAAUAUGUAUUCUAGAAUUCUCAAUUUCAUAUUGCCAAAAAAUAAAAUGAUAUAAUCUCAUUAUAUAAUGACCUUAUAACUCAACUGAAAAUAAAACAUUGAGUAAGUAAUAAUUAAAAACAAAAAUCAAGUCCAAUGCAAUGAAAACAACUACUAAAAAUAUCAAAAAAGUAGUUUCUCCGCAGUGGCGCUGUCAUCUUAAUCUGAGAAACGUAUUCUUAUUGCAUUUCAAUUAUCAAAUUAAUCUCGAGUCCUUGUAAGGGACAGAAAUAAUCUAUCUACACAUCUAUUUUUGAUGUCAGAGGACGUCCCAUUAUACAACUGAUUCAUUUCCACUUAAAAUGCUCAUGCCACUUCUGAAUAGUUACCAUAUCAUCACCAAAGACAGAUUUCAAUAUUUCUUUAGUUUCCUUGGAAAUAUUUUUCAUUUUGAACCAAAAGUUAAUGUUUAGUUCAAGACGUGCCAGUUGACAUAGAGGCAGCGUUAAUAAGUACUCCCAUAAAAAAUAAUUCAUUAUAUUCUUUGUCACAUCACGUAGCGUUAAAUAUCUAUUAAAUGUCCAGAAAUUACAGGGGAAAAUAAAAUGUGCAUUUCGAUAUAAAUCGCAAUAAAACGUAACCACUAUGAAAUCAUCAUUUUCAAAAAAUAAGAGAAAACGUUUAUGAAGCACAAUUUGAAAUUGUUCUCAUUUUUAUUCAAGUGCCGAGGUGAAAUAAAAAGUAAAACAAACAACGUCACACGAGUUGCACAUGCUGUUUUUUAUUGCCAAUGCAGAUUAAACUGAAUAAUAAAACUUUCUUCAGUUUCCGAUAUUAUUUUCGACUCUAUAAUCAUUUUGAAACUGACAUGGGUAUUGCAGAAUAAGUUAUUGUAAUUCGGCCCCUAUAACAACUUACUCUCUAAUGUUAUUGAAGUUGAGAAGUUACGUAAACUUUCGUUGCUUCUUAUGGAGGGGUUUUCUGCGCAGGCAACCAACAUGACAGAUAUUACAGAUGUUAUUUGUUGGACACUAUACACAUUCCAUAUGAAUGGAAAGUAUUUGGUUCAGUUUAUGGUUUUCUUUCCUUUCAAAUAGUUAAAUUCUUCCAUUGGAUUUCUUCUUGUAUGCUUUAGUUUCAAAUAUCAGUCUCCAUUCGUCAUAUGUUGAAGAACCAUCUCAACUUUGAUCUUCUAUUUGCUUCUUUCCCCCCCAUUAAUAGCCCAAAAGUUUUCUCUCUGAAUUAUUACAUUUUUUCUAUAAUUUCUUUUUUGGCUCUGUACUCUUAGUUUAUCCAUUACCUUUCCAGUUUUCUGUUUAUUAAAAAGUAUUUUAAUUUUUGAUUGCAACUCAUUAAUCUUAGCUUUGAAUUGAUCAAAUCUUUUUCCAAGCGUUUUAAAUUCAAUCUUUAUUUUUUAUUUUUUAAAAAUAUAAUUUAAACAGGUUUAAUGUAAAUUUCCAUCAAAUUAUAAUUUUUUUUAAUCAGUUUUGAGUAAUUUAUAUCAAAAUGCCAUAUAUUUCCGGGUUUUGGCUGUUUAAUUAAUUUUUAUUAUGAUUAUGGAGUAAUAUUGUAGUAACAAAGCUGAAUUUUCUUUAUUUUGUUAAGAAAAUUUUUAUAUUUUUGUGAUGUUUUAUCUUUAUUAUACACAUUUCGAAUAGCAAAGAUAUUUAUUAAUUUUUCAUGUAUAUGUUGAAUCAUUUUACUAAUAUUAAGAACUGUAUACUGAAUCUAUUGGAUUAAACUGGGAGGUGUUCAUUUUGUUCCUAUUACAACAAUUUUGUAUUGUAUACAAUAUUUUAAAUAAAUUUCAAUAAAACCAAAAA